GGAGAAGAAGAAGAAGAAGAAGAAGAAGAAGGAGGAGAAGAAGAAGAAGGGGGGUGAGAGAGAGAAGGGGCGCACAGAGAGUGCACUGUUAGAGGAGGAGUGUUAACACACAGCGUAGGUAGAUAACCGGACAAACGCUGCCGCUUCUGCUGCUGCUGCUGCUACAAGCCCGAAAAAGGGAGCGAAACGGUGAGAAACAGAGAGGGAGAUUCACACGUACGAGGAGUGAAGCAGGAGAGUGUUGUGACUGUUUGGGCAACAGGAGCUUGCGGUGGCCAGGAAGAGGGCAGCCAAGCCUGGGGAGAUGCUGUGAGGAAGCGUGCCAAGUGAUGGAGCUUAAAGUAGCCAACAGGCGGACACAAUUAGUCAGAAUGGAUGAUCAGGACAGAGUAAGCCAAGCAUCCAGUGUGGCCACAAUUUCCUACUUCCCAGUCAUGAAGGAAAGUGAUGGAAAGGUGCAAACAUUUGGGAAAAGGUGCCAGGCUGCCAAGAGGGACCCCAACUGUCCUGUGGUCAUUAGAGGAUGGCUCAACAAAAAAGAUAGUUCUGGUUUGAAGCUGUGGAAGAGAAGAUGGUUUGUCCUCUCCAACUACUGUCUGUUUUACUAUAAAGACAGCAGAGAAGAGUCUGUGCUUGGCAGCAUCCCGCUCCCGAGCUACAAAAUCCUGUUCUGUACACCGCGCGAAUGCAAGAACAGAAAGUUCACCUUCAAGGUGGUGCACCAGGGAAUGCGUUCUUAUUUCUUCAGCGCUGACACUCAGGAGGAUAUGUUGGGUUGGGUCCGAGCCCUCAGCCAGUCCGCUGCAAUGGAGCCAGAGAGCUCCAUGAACAGGCGCUGCUCAAGUUAUCAGGAUUUCACACAGAUAGGUGGCAGCAGUGAAUCGGUGGACUUCCCUAAAUCCCCCUCCGAUGGAGAGGGUUCCUCCCAAAAGCACAGGCACGUCAGCAGGACUCUGAGUGAACCGAGUCAGCUCAGCGGCGGGAGGAUGGGGACGUCACACUUGGAGCAGAGGGGGAGGCGGAGUGUGCGUCAGAGAAACAGCAGCCCUUCAAACAGAACACCCAGCCCCCCUGAAUUCAGCAGAAGAAGAGCUUACGGUCCCAAUCAAGAGGAGGAUUCUCUUCCCAGCCAAAACACGCCACCCAUGCAGACAGAAAUCAUGGGAACAGGUUCUUUGACCUCCAGAGGUCAGCUGGGGUCACGACCUCAUACGCCAGUGGGGAGGGUUGACAUUCGACCUCAGGACGACCCGGUCAUGGUGCCACAGACCCUGUACUAUGCACCUGCCUCACCUAACCUGGAGUUCAAAUCCACUCCUACCACUCCAGUCUCAGAGAGAUGGCAAAACCUAAGCAAGCCUACGCCUACAUAUGGUUCAGUCCAUCAUGUCCCGAGUGGGAGAAGACCUUUAGGAAAGAGCUACUCUACAGGGGCGCAUGCAGACUUACUGCCCCCUUUGCCCCCCUCAUCGAGGGCCGCACACGCUCCGCACCCACCACCACAUCACCACCACCACCAUCACCACCAUCACCGCAGCCAUUUGUCUGUUUGUGUGCUACCGCCAGCUAUGGCUCAAAAGCCUGAUUCGAGGGAAACCCCACCGAUGAGACCUCUUGAAAGUGAUGCAGAUGCUGUGUUGACAAGGUUGUGUGGGUGUGACAAGCUGCUACAGUCACUGUCUGUAGAACUGGCCCAGCUGCAAAUGGAUAAGGAUAGUGUCCAUUGUGCAUUAGAGGUAUCCAGACUGCAGCUGGAGGAGUGGCAGAGCCAGGGGCCCCGGGCCCAGGAGGAGGCAUUGACCCAGAAGGCUUUGCUCCAGGAAGAACUGGUCACAAUCCGGGCCAGAAUGUGUGACGUAUCAUUGGAAAUGGAGAGGGUCUGGAGCCAAUAUGAGAGAAUGGAAAGUGAACUGUCUGUUAUACGCUCACACCUUCAGCACAUCUGUAACUUUGGAAUGCCACAGGAGCAGUCUCAGGCUCAGAGAGAGCUGUGGAUGAUGGAGGACAUCCUCUCUGGACUGAAGGUCAACCGGGAUCAUUUCCGCCUCUUACUGGGACUACAGAGACACCACAUGUUCCAGCCAGCGGCCCCACAUCCUGGAUCCCCUGGCUCUCCCACAGAGAGGCUGCAGAGUGGACUGCCAGUGGAUGUGGAACAAGAGCCACCAGUCCGCCCAGCGUUACCCCAAGAGCUACUAGAAAGCCUCCAGAGCAGGGACCAAGGCCAUGGCUACACAGAGUCACCAUAUGAGGGAAUCUACAGCCAUGCUGUUGAUCCUGUACACAGAAGAGGGAACAGCCAGCCUGAUUUCCUUAAUGUGAAAGCACAGAGAGACGCAUCCGAAUCUCACCCUGGCUCAAAGUGGAACCCACCAGAUGCAACCAACCAAUCAACCAAGAAGAUGAAGAUGAGUGAAGAGGAGCAGAUUGAGAGGAUGAAGAGAAAUCAAGAGAGGCUGACUAAUAAGAAGAAACCACCCAUACCCACUCCAGGUGCCCAGAGUCAGAGUUCAGAAACACGAGAGGAGGCCCCCUUUCCUUUAAGGGUGACCCGAGUUGUUACAGCUGUACUGCCAUCCUCUCUUGUGGCCCGGCGAGUUUCCGUUGAGGAUCCCCCAGCUGAGCUUGACACACCACUGCCUGAGCAGAUCCCAGCCUGAGAUGCAGCAAAGACUGGCUGAGCAGAGUAAAAAAAUGUUGAAUAAGCCACCAAGGCGUCUGCUGCUGGAGAGCCCCGAUCAAAACCGGUCUUCAGCAGAAAUGCACCAGGAUCAGUCCGUUAAAAAGACGAGUAGACAGCAGCAUCUAGGAGUGUUGAGGUCUUCCAAGAAAGAGUCACGACCUGACGGGAGCAGAGAAGAGUCUGCAGACAACUCAAGGAAUCAUGCUCGAGACCAUGCAGGUUUAAGAAAUGGAAGAUUGAGCUCAGACAUCAGGGCGGAGGAACGACCCUCUGCCCUCCUGACCCCUGACAUGGACCCUGACCUCUCUCUGACCCCUGAGCAGAGGGAGGCCAAACUCCGACGAGUGGAACGAAUACGGGAGAGAGUUAUACGGAGUGCAGUCAGAGAGAAUGUUACUACACACAAUCAACUACCAAUCAGGGGGGAGGGGCAGGAAGUUCACCAGGUGCCCCCUGACACAGCUCGAAAACAAAGGAAUGAAAUCAGGUACGUACAGUGUUUCCCAAUAAAAAAUCAAUUACUUAAGGAGGUGAACUGAGAUCAUGUAGCUAAAACGAGGCUACAGUUUAAUUGAUUUCAGUUGCAUUAGCAUAAUAGGUUCCUUUUUUGCUUAGGAAGCUAGCUUUUCCUGGGCAUAGGUAUUACAGUAAAAUACCAACAGAAUUCUAUAUGAGUGGAAGCAUCUGCUUCCAACCACUUAUGCAUUAACUUACUGGCAGGGUCUGCUCUGCCCCUGUUUUCAGACCAUGAAGACCAACCAUCUUAUGAUGGCUCUGGAAGCUGUGUGGGUAACACAAAAACUCCUGCAGAACUUCAGCUUUCUAGUGGAACAUCUCAGGAUGAAGAUGAAAGAGAUGGCCAUGUUAAAAAAUCUAAAAGUCAAGCCAAGUUUGGGGACAAACCACAACGCAAAGAUCACAGCAGAAGAACAGGGGUUGCCAAAAGUAAAAUCAAGCGUCCAGCUUCGCCAUAUCAUAUCUCAUCUAUGACCAUCUACCAAAAAGACGGAGGCAAGGGAUUCAUGGGUUGCAAGGUUGAAGAUGGAGAAAAAGGUCGAAGAACCUGCUGCUGAUGAUAAUGAAAGUAAUUUUUCAUCGUCCGAUCUGAGAACCAAAUGGUUCCUCUCCACAAACCAGUGGCAAGGGUUCAUACCUUUGCAGAUCCCUGGCAUAGACUCAUUGUGCAAUGAGGAGAUGACAGACAUUGAGCAGCAACCAGCAUGCACUGAUGACGUGACUGAUUCCAGUGAAAUGUCAUCUACUGUGUGUCAAAGCUUGGAGAAAAUGAAAGAGAACCAUUCACUCUUCUAUAAGAUUGCAUGUGACAUCAGUAUCUCAGACACAGACAUAACAAAGAACGAUGAGAAUACCAAUGCCCAAACGUCAUCUAGGCCAGAAGCCGAAGAGCUGUUAAUCACUGAGACUCUACCAGAUGGUGCGUCCAGUAAUGAUGGGAGAUCUCCUCACCAAGAGAGCAAGAAUUCUAGCCUAAGUUUGCCAGUUGAUGUUGAUGAAAGCAGCUGCUCAAAUGAUAACAAACUCCAAGAUUCAACAAUGGAAACCCAGGACAAAGUAGUGUUAAAUACCUCAAAUACCAGUCCAGCAAAAGAGACACGUGUUUAUGAAGAGAUCCAACAAAAAGAACAUGAAGACACCUCAAGGCAAGAGAGUCAGUUAAAAGUCCAAGAGACUAAUCAUGGAGCUUCUGGUCAGGAUGCUGAUUCUAACCAGGAACUGGAUGAAUGUACAAAGACGAGAGAAGAACACAGUCAGGCAAAAGAGUCUGAAGAUAGAAGGGUGGACCAAGAGAGAUCUGAGGAGCUGAAGAAAUCUAGUAGUUCAGGUGAGGAGAACAAAGAGACAGCCCAAGAGCGAGGCGACAGCAACUCUAUCGCUCCAUCCAGCUCCGUGUAUGAGGGUGGGCGUGUGAUUCGCAGUGCCUCUUUUGGGAAGGCACGAGUAACGGUAAUAAGGACAAGUUUGUAGAAGCAAGAACAGUGACGUCUUAAGGAGCUUAAUGAACGAACUUGGGAAAGACAAGAACUAAGUUAAGUGAUUUAUGGUAAAGGAAAAUGUCCCAGGAGAAGGACUUAAAGUGAUUGAAGGAAACUGGGCCUAACUUUGAAGGUAGAGGUGGUAAAAUGGGAACAUAUAAUAUCAGAGAUAGACAUAGUCCUUGGUAAACUUGAACUUUUCCAUUAUUCAUAAUAUGUGAUUUGAAAUGGAUGCACAUAAAACAGUCUUAAGAAAAUUUCAUCAACACAAUGAAUGCAAGUAUAGUGCUGUUGCAGUUAGUUGAACACCAAAUAUCUUAUGUAUCAUUGCAGUCAAAUACAUGCACGAAGUUUGAGGUUAACUCUUUCAUUCCUCUCCGAAUAUACCUAACAUGACUUAGAAAUCAUAGAUGAUAGCUGCUUAUGGAUGGCAACAUAACCCUGUGACUGACCCGGUAACUAAACGUGUUUUGUAUCUCAAAUAUCCUGAUUAAUAAACAUGCUGUGUGCUAUAUUGA